AUGCAGCUGACGUUCUGCAGGCUCCGGACCCAUCAGUGGUGCUUCAUUCUAUUUAAUGUCUUGCUUUUCCAUGCACUGCUUUUUGGUGCAGAUCUACUGGAGGAAUACUUCCUACGGUCAUUACCUCUUUCUUACACUGACGCAAAGGUUUUUGAAAUCAGAGAGAGGGCUAGGAAAUUAGAUAUAGAUCUGCUAAAGGCCAAUCUCUCUGCAUCUUACAGCACUAGCAGCAUGGGGGCGUGCUCAGAUCAAGAGGUAUUUUUGCUAGUUCUUGUCUGCAGUAGCCCAGAAAACGGGACAAGGCGCAACGUGAUCAGGCAGACAUGGGGCAACGUGACUGACGCCGGAGGUUAUCCUGUCCUUACCUUGUUUGCUUUAGGAAAGCCAGCUUCAGUAAUCACCCAGCUGGAGAUCGAUAAAGAGGCUCAAAAGCACAGAGACAUUAUUGAAGGGAGCUUCAUCGACUCGCCCGCGACUCAGACGCAGAAGGUUGUGAUGAGCAUGGAGUGGACAGUCACUUUCUGUCCCCACGCGAGGUACAUUCUUAAAACCGAUGAAGAAGUGUUCGUGAGCAUCCCGAGCUUGGUUGGGUACUUGCUWAGCUUAGCGCAGCUAGAGGACGUUUACAUGGGGAGAGUCAUUCGUCACGCAGCACCUGUCAGGGACCCUGCCAGCCCUGGCUUCGUUCCCCUCGGUCAAUACGCGGAGGAGUUUUACCCGGAUUACUGCAGCGGGGCGGCUUUCGUCGUCUCCCAGGACGUCGCUCGCAAGGUCUACGUGRCUGCCAGGGAAGCGCCGGCUUCAGUGCCCCCGGAUAUCUUUGUAGGAAUCUGUGCAAAAAAAGCUGGCAUCGCUCCUAUUCACAGCUCUCGGUUUUCUGGGGAAAAGCACAUCAGAUACAACCGGUGCUGCUAUAAAUUCAUUUUCACCUCUUCCAACAUGAAAGAGGAUGAGCUAUUUAAAGACUGGAGGGAAAUAAGUGAUGGAAAUGAUUGCUCGUUACUGGAAACUUAUUAUGGAUUGGUGUCCUGCAAAGUUUUGACCUACUUUGACAAGUUCAAACAGUUUGACAUGGAUGCAAUAAAAAACGAGGCUCUUCAUUUUGCUGAUUAA